AUGAGGGUUUCUUCCACGCGAGAGGCGAAUCGGGAUACACGGGAAUCUUCGAACGUCGGGCGCGGCCGAACCAAUGCUACAACUGCCAGCAGAUUGGCCACAAAGCUUUCCAGUGCAGGAACCCUCAAGUGUGUGGAAUGUGCGCUAGUGAGGGCCACCGUCACAGCGAGUGCUCAGCAGCUAUACCGAAGUGCGUUCUGUGCGGAGGACCACAUGAAUCGUUCAGCAAGAAUUGCCGGAAGCUCUAUCCAUCUCGUCAUGAAUAGGACGUUUCAGGUCAUCCAAUUGAACGUCAGAAAGCAAGGGGAGGUGCAUGAUAGUUUGAUGAACGACGUGGCAAUCCAGGACGCUGCCGUCAUAGCCAUUCAGGAACCCCAGGCGCGGAGGAUCCAAGGACGGCUCCUGACGACCCCUAUGGAGCAUCACAAAUGGACCAAGAUGAUCCCGUGCACGUUGAAGGAAGGUAGAUGGGCUAUCCGGAGCAUGCUCUGGGUGAACAAAAUCGUGGAAGCCGAGCAGGUGGCAGUGGACUCCCCGGACAUCACGGCAGCAGUCAUACGGCUCCCGGAGCGCGUAGUCCUGGUCGCGUCCGUCUACGUACCGUGUGGGGACGGCGAGGCACUAAAAGACACCUGCGAGAACCUCCGCAGGGUGGUAGCAAAGGCGAAACGGGGCGUAGGAACGACUGUCGAUAUAGUGGUUGCAGGUGAUUUCAACUGCCACGACCAAAUGUGGGGAGGAGACGACGUCUCAUCCGUGAGACAAGGGGAAGCCGACCCCAUCAUCGACCUCAUGAACGAGCUGACUCUAAGCACUCUACUCCCAAGGGGCACAAUAACAUGGCAAGCAGGUGGAUACGGUUCGACUAUCGACCUGGUCCUGGCCUCGGAGGAACUGGCAGAAGCCGUGAUCAGAUGUGGAGUCCAUAGAACGGAACACGGUUCAGAUCACCGCGCGAUUGAAACAGUCUUCGAUAUUGAGGUACCUGUGCCGACGCACCACGACCGACUGCUUCUCAAGAACGCGCCAUGGAAAGACAUCAGAGCCAAAAUUGCAAAUACACUAGGGGACACCCCAGCGGAGGGGACAGUCCAGCAGAGAACGGACCGCCUGAUGUCCACUGUCUCAGGCGCGGUUCAUUCCCUCACUCCCAAAGCCCGGCCAUCGCCAUACGCAAAGCGAUGGUGGACUACGGACCUGACGCAGCUACGUCACAUCUACACGCACUGGAGGAACCGCGCUCGCUCGGAACGCCGGGCAGGUUGGACCACAGCCGAGAUUGAGGAAUUGGCAAAGGGUGCAGCAAAACAGUACCACGAUGCCAUCCGGCAGCAGAAGAAGAAGCACUGGGCCGAGUUCCUUGCGGACAACGACAACAUUUGGAAGGCUGCAAAGUAUCUAAAAUCCGGAGAUGAUACCACGUUUGGAAGGAUCCCGCAACUUGUUAGAGCAGAUGGUACAUCCACGGCCGAUCAUAGAGAACAGGCCGAAGAGCUCCUAACAAGAUUCUUCCCGGCCUUGCCCGAUACGAUCGACGAUGAAGGUCCAAGACCACAGAGGGCACCCAUCAUGACGCCUAUCCUUACGAUGGAGGAAGUCGAACGACAGCUGUUCGCAACGAAGUCCUGGAAGGCACCAGGGGAGGACGGUUUGCCGGCAGUGGUGUGGAAGGAAGUCUGGCAGGUGGUCAAGCACCAUGUACUGGCGCUCUUCCGUGCCUCACUGGAGGACGGGGCCCUUCCCAGCCAGUGGCGACAUGCUAAUAUCAUCCCGCUCAAGAAACCGGGCAAAAAGGACUACACCAUCGCAAAGGCGUGGAGACCAAUCUCCCUCCUAGCAACGCUGGGCAAAGUGCUGGAGUCGGUGAUCGCGGAACGGCUGUCCCACGCCGUGGAGACCUACGGCCUCCUGCCCACCAACCACUUCGGCGCGCGGAAGCAGCGAUCAGCAGAGCAGGCGCUGGUAUUUCUACAGGAGCAGAUCUACACGGCCUGGAGAGGACGGAAGAUUGUCAGCCUCAUUAGCUUCGAUGUCAAGGGAGCCUAUAACGGAGUCUGCAAGGAACGGCUGGUCCAGAGGAUGAGGGCACGUGGUAUCCCGGAAGAGCUGUGCCGAUGGACAGAAGCUUUCUGUUCUGACCGACCGACGGCACAAAGCACACGCAAGGGCAUCGAAGCAAUCAUCGACCAAGCACUAGACUGGGAAAAGAGAAGCGGAGCGACAUUUGAAGCAGACAAGACAGCCGUCAUCCACUUUACCCGCAAGGCCUAUAAAGCCAACUCGGAGCCCUUUACGAUCAAGGGUCAAGAUGUUCAGCCGAAAGACCACGUUAAGAUCCUUGGAGUGGUCAUGGAUGCCAAGCUCAGGUAUAAGGAGCAUAUCGCAAGAGCGGCCUCCAAAGGGCUCAGCGCGGCGAUGGAGCUGAAACGGCUCAGUGGUCUAUCCCCGGCUACGGCGCGGCAGCUGUUCACCGCCAUGGUCGCGCCAGUGGUGGACUACGCAUCCAGCGUCUGGAUGCACCAAUGUAAUUGGAAGACCGCGCCGGCCAUACACAGGGUGCAGAGGGUCGCGGCGCAAGGGAUCAUAGGAACGUUCAGCACGGUAGCAACACGCGUAGCAGAAGCAGAAGCUCACAUCCCCACGGCUCAAGAUCGAUUCUGGAAGAGGGCGAUCAAGAUGUGGACGGACAUCCACACCCUACCAGAGACGAAUCCACUCCGCAACACCACUUCCCGGAUGCGCAAGUUCCGGAGAUCCUACCGCUCCCCUUUCUUUCAAGUAGCAGAUCUCCUCAAGGACGUCCCAUUGGACAGCCUCGAAACCAUCGCUCCCGUCGUAUUAGCGCCAUGGGAGAGGCGAGUCCGCACUACGGUUGACAGAACGGGCAUCCAGCAAAAAGAGACAGAGUGGGCGGUCCGGAUCGCCGUAAGCAGCUCCGCACGAAACAACAUGGUCGGGAUCGGAGGAGUCGUCCGUCUCCCGCUGCCGAUGCGAGAUGGCUCAAGGAACGAAGCCUUUAGUGUGACGCUGGGCUCCAGGUCGGAGCAAAACCCGUUCUCAGGCGAGCUUGCGGCUAUUGGGUACGCGUUGAGGUUGAUUCGAAAUAUCAGGUACCGAAAGAUCAUCCUUGCCACCAGCAACAAGGCAGCCGUGAUGGCCUUGGAGCGACCACACCAGCAAUCAGGACAACAAUAUCUCUGUCAGGCGUACGAUGCGAUAAGUGCCUUACGCAAGGCGGGAAACACGAUCUCGGUCGUCUGGAUCCAAGCGGGUACCAAAAACGAGCUCCUGAACACAGCCAAAGCGAAAGCAAAGGAAGCAACACGGCAGGACGCUACGCCACAAACGCAGGAUCCUGCCAUGCGGUCAACAGCCCUCCGUAUCGCAUGGGCAAAGCGGGCACCGCCCACGUCCUUACCUGACAAAGUGGGCAGACAUUCCAAGAGAGUCGAUAUAGCGUUACCAGGGAAGCACACCCAACUAUUAUACGACCACCUGUCCCGAAGCGAGGCCGGCGUGCUUGCUCAGCUUAGAACAGGCAUGGCCAAGCUCAACACAUACCUGCAUCGCAUCAAAGCAGCACCGUCAGACCAGUGGGGAACCUCUCCUUCUACCUGGGAGGAAAGUCGCCCUCGGAUGACAAGGACUGGUCCCCCAACAUGCGGGCGGUGCGGGCGACGAUACGUUUUGCCAUUGCCACAGGUCGUCUGA